AUGAAGCUCAUACUCUCCACCUCGAAUAUCAUGUCCGGAGGCCCCUCCGUGAUACGACGUCCAAUCUUCGAGAAGUCAAAUACAGAACUCACCUCCUCCCUCCGCGCAAACUUCACCGCACAUCAGUCCUCGCCUACACCCACUCCUACCGCCGUCAAUGGGACUGCAUCGCCGAAGCCCUCGUUCAAGACAUGGACAACACAGGAAGGAAACACGCUCUGGAUACCUACACAUACACCAUCCCCGCUCGCCGAACCUCGAGAGUCCUACGACAUUACAGUGAAGCUAUUCUACCGCCCGAACAUACCCGCGGAUAGGAGAUGCGUGCAAACCCGAGAGGCUAUCGAUCUAGUACUGAAAGAGCUGGGGACGUCAUCGAUCGACCUCCUCAUAGUCAGCUUCCCCGGCAUAUCAUUCGACGCGGACGAUGAGGACUCAGACUUCGACGAUCCACAGUCGGAACCAGCAUCUGAACAAGACGGCGCAGUACAAGACGCAGAAGAUCUCCCCGAGGACAUCGACACCAUGAUUACCACGUGGCGGACGUUAGAAAAAUUGCACGACCAGAAGGUAGUGUCAAAACUGGGGAUCGCCGAAUUUGGAUGUGCCAGGCUGGAGAAGUUCCUGCCGCAGACGAGGGUGAAGCCGAGCGUUGAUCAGAUCAAUGUCCGUGACUGCUGCGUGGUGCCGAAGCCGCUUAUUCUGUACGCGAAGCAGCAGAAGAUCGAGCUCUUAACACACAACGACUGCACAAACGUGCUUCCGCGCGGCACAUUACGGGAAAUUCUUGGAUCAGGGGAGCAUGGCGUCGGAGUGCUAGCAGGAGGGGCUCUAGAUGCGGAGAGGCUAAAGGGCGACGUCGAGCCGCAAUGGGUAGUCAAAUACACGGCAGUAGUAAAAGACAGAGGCGUUGUGGAGAGUAAGGGGUACUUUGCAGUUGCGGAGCUAAGGGAGGAAUCAUGA